UCUUUGGGUUAUAGCAAUGGAGGAAGAAGAGAAAGGAGGAGGUGAGGUAGUAGAGAUUUUGAUUGAGACAGUGAACAAGAUUGCUUCGAUCUCAGAUUACAGAUGUACGGUCAAGAAACAGUAUUUCUAUCUAGCCAGGAGGUUGAAGUUGUUGAUACCAAUGUUGGAGGAGAUUAGAGACAGCAAAGACUCCAUCAUCCCUCAACAAACUCUCAAAGCUCUUGUUUUGCUCAAACAAGCUUUGGAUUCCGCUAAAGAUUUGCUUAUAUUUGGUUGCGAAGGAAGCAAGAUUUACUUGGUCCUAGAGAGGGAACAAAUAAUGAAUAAAUACCAUGAGGUGACAGCUAAAUUGGAGCAAGCUCUAAGUGGAAUUUCCUAUGAAGGCCUGGACAUAUCUGAUGAAGUUAAGGAACAGGUUGAGCUUGUCCUUGCUCAAUUUAGAAGAGCCAAAGGAAGGGUUGAUGCUACCGAUGUUGAGCUGUAUGAAGAUCUCUUGUCCCUUUACAACAAGACCAAUGAUUCAGCAUCAGAUCUUGCUGUCCUAAGAAGAAUAUCUGAAAAAUUACAAUUGAUGGGAAUAGCUGACCUUACACAAGAGUCUCUAGCUUUGCAUGAGAUGGUUGCUGCUACUGGAGGAGAUCCUGGGGAGAGAAUUGAGAAGAUGUCGAUGCUUUUGAAGAAAAUUAAAGAUUUUGUGCAAACAGAAAACCCAAACCUGGAUGCACCUCAAAGAGAAAAGAAUCUUCCCCCAAGUGGCAGUGGACAAGCUAUUGUUGAUGGAAGUCACCAGAUGCCAGUUAUCCCAGAUGAUUUCCGCUGUCCAAUAUCCCUGGAAUUGAUGAAGGAUCCUGUUAUUGUUUCGACAGGGCAGACCUAUGAACGUUCCUGCAUUGAGAAAUGGCUGGGAGCAGGACAUGACACUUGUCCAAAGACGCAACAGAAACUCACUAGUACUGCUCCGACACCCAACUAUGUUCUACGAAGCCUCAUAGCGCAGUGGUGUGAAGCCAAUGGCAUUGAGCCACCAAAAAGGCCCAGCAGUUCUGGGACAAGUAAAACUGUAUCUACUUGCUCACCUGCUGAGCGUACAAAGAUUGAAAUUCUCCUCCACAAGCUUACAUCUGGCUGCCUAGAAGACCAGCGGUCUGCUGCCGGGGAGAUCCGUCUUCUUGCCAAGCACAACGCUGAUAAUCGUGUGGCUAUUGCUCAAGCUGGUGCAAUCCCUCUCCUUGUUGGCCUCCUCUCGACACCUGACCCUCACAUCCAAGAGCAUGCAAUUACAGCGCUUCUUAACCUCUCCAUAUGCGAAGAUAACAAAGGAAGCAUUGUAUCAGCUGGGGCAGUUCCUGGUAUUGUGCAUGUACUCAAGAAGGGCAGCAUGGAAGCUCGUGAAAAUGCUGCAGCCACCCUUUUCAGCCUUUCAGUUGUGGAUGAAAACAAGGUUACAAUUGGUUUUCUGGGGGCUAUCCCACCUCUGGUGACACUUCUAAGUGAAGGUACACAAAGGGGGAAGAAGGAUGCAGCGACUGCACUUUUCAACUUGUGCAUCUUCCAGGGGAACAAGGGAAAGGCAGUGAGGGCCGGAGUUGUGCCCACAUUGAUGUGUCUAUUAACAGAAACCGGAGGUGGAAUGGUGGAUGAGGCACUGGCUAUACUAGCAAUACUGGCUAGCCACCCUGAAGGGAAGGCAACCAUUGGAGCUGCAGAGGCAGUGCCAGUUUUGGUGGAAGUUAUCAGGAAUGGGUCACCCAGGAACAGAGAGAAUGCAGCAGCAGUGUUGGUGCAUCUUUGUUCUGGAGACCAGAAACAUAUGGUAGAGGCACAAGAACAUGGAGUUAUGGGACCGCUGGUGGAUUUGGCACAAAAUGGCACAGACCGGGGAAAGAGGAAGGCUCAGCAGUUGCUUGAGCGUAUAAGCAGAUUUGUUGAGCAACAAAAUCACUCAGAGGCACAAACUGAGGCUCAUAUCCAGCAGCCUCAGCCAUCCUCCAUGGCUAAUUUUGGUGAUAGCUGACAUUUUGGUGUACUGUCUGUUUGUUUGGUUUUUGUUCCUUUUCAAGAUUCCAAGAGGCAUCCUUGCUUAGGAAGAGGAAGGUGGAAGAUGCCUUCCUCAUAAGUCAUUCAUUUGUUUGUGUGGGUUGAGGACUGCUGCUCUGUUAGGGGACGCCUCAAGAUCCAACAGGAAUAGGAGAAUGAAGAGAACUCCAAAAUGAAUCCUACUUGUACGUGAAAUUGUACCAUUGUAACAUGCAAUCAUCCUCGGUUUUUAUUGAAGAGAUGUCUUCUUUACUCACAUCAUCAAGUCAUAUAUAAGAAUAAGAUACCACGGUUCAACUUA